AUGACUGCAGAAGAAAGCUCUGCAAAAAUGUCAGACACAGCAGCACGUAGUGCUAGUUAUGAGGCCGUGGAAAUUUUGGGAAAGGGUACAUUUGGAGAGGUAGUGAAGUGUUGGAAGAGGUCUACUGGUGAAAUGGUUGCUGUUAAGGUUUUAAGAGGUUGUGACAAACUGAUGAUUGAAAAUGAGUUACAAUUGCUGAACUCGCUAAAGGGCAUUGAUGCUGACAAGUGUCACAUCAUUAAGUUUUAUGAAUGCUUUCACGAUGAUUAUGCAGUAUAUCUCAGCUUUGAGCUUCUUGAACAGAGUUUAUAUGAAUACCAGAGGAAAAACAAUUUUAUUUCUUUGCCUGUUAUGCAUAUCAGAACCAUUACUCUCCAGAUCUUAAAGGCAUUAUCCAAGCUGGAAGAGCUUUCUAUCAUGCAUACAGAUGUUAAGCCUGAAAAUAUAAUGAUUGUCAAUCAAGAAAGCUAUCCUUUCCAAGUUAAACUCAUUGAUUUUGGAUCUGCCAGUCUACUUAACCAAAUGCAUUCUGUCAAAGAGCCUUACAUUCAAACACGAUUUUACAGGUCUCCUGAAAUUCUUCUGGGUUUGCCAUUCAAUGAAAAAAUUGAUAUGUGGUCUCUUGGAUGCGUAAUAGCAGAACUCUGGCUUGGCUUCCCUCUGUACCCUGCAAGUAAUGAAUACGAUCAAAUAAGAUAUAUCUGUGAAACACAAGGCCUUCCAGGAAACCAUUUGCUGUCUGCUGCCAGCAAAGCCAAACUUUUCUUUAAACAAGUCACAGAGCAUAAUGCCUCUCCUGACUGGCAACUGAAAUCUGUGACAGAGUAUGAAAAUGAAACUGGAAUGAUGCCUUUAGAGACAAGAAAGUACAUCCUGAGGAGCCUGGAUGACAUAGAGACUGUGAAACAAACUAACAUUGAAAUUCCGCAUUGUGACAGAUUGCCUGAAAGCCGUGAUAGAAAGAGUAUGGUGGAGCUCUUAAAGAUGAUGCUGCUAUUAGAUUCUUCUAACAGAAUUAGCCCCAAUGCUGCUCUAAAGCAUCCUUUUAUAACAAUGAAGCUACUCAGAACUUUUCCUGAGUAUCAAAAUACAUACUAUUUUCAGCUUUCUGUUGAAAGCCUCAAAAAUGCCUUAAAAUAUGAAUGGAAUGCAGAAAAUGAGAGCCUGUUUCAUCCUGUGGAUUGCCUGUCUGUAGAGUUUCGGUGUUAUACAAAUGAGAAAGCACCUGGCAUGCUACAGGUUACUGCUGAAGAAAGAAUCAUUGACAAACACGUUACUCAGUAUGAUAAAAAGCACUUCAGCUCUCCUCAACAGGAGGUUUCUGCUAGAGCUUUUAGGAAACAGUCUGUUGAAGGCAGCGCCAAAUGGGCAGAUGAAGCUGGUGGCAUGCACUCAGAAGCCUUAUCUCAUGUGCAGGGUUCUGCGCUCACAGAAGAGGAAGUGUUUCCUACUGUAGAAGAAAAUUUACAACCAGAACACAAUAAAGCCUGUAAAGAGAUCUUGAAUCCAACGGAUCCCAAAAGGCAGGAACUGGGAGAGGAAGUCAGCAAUGAUUUAAGGAGGCCAAGCAAAGCACUGAGACAGAAUGGACAGAGGACUUUUCAGCAAGCACUGCUUCCACUACAACAACUUAGAGGUCAAAAAGGGCACCAGCAUGAAUUUAACUAUGGACAAAUUAUUCAGUGCCCUGAAAACCACCAGCUUUUUGUUGGUAACCUGCCAUAUUACGUUACUGAAAAAGACCUGAAAACAUCUUUUAUAGGCUUUGGAAAUGUCAUCGAUGUCCAUAUAAAUAGAAAAGGAGAAAAAAGAGGGCUACCAAACUUUGGAUUUAUCACAUUUGAUAAUUCAGAGCCAGUUCAGAAUAUUCUAAAUGACAAGCCAGUUAUCUAUCAUGGAGGGAUGCGCUUGAAUAUACAAACAAAGAAAACAAGAGUUGCUUGUGCAAGUGAACCCCAAGGUGAAGAUGAUCACAUGGAUAUUCAGGAAAAUGGCAGAAGUCCAGGAGGUCUUAAUGGGGUUACAAGUGGGGAAACAUUCCAAGAUUGUGAUGAGAGAGGACAGCCACCAAGGGAAGGCGUGGCACAGGAGCCAUGUAGUGGAACAAGGAAUGGCCCAAGAGAAUAA